AUGAACAAGAUCAAGAGCAUCCAGAAACUCAACCAGCAGGAGCUCGAUGCGAACAUUUCGGCGUCAGCUUCCUGGCAUGCCGACUACAAGGAUACCUCAUAUAUCUAUAUUGGCCAGUUGCCGUAUGAAUUGACUGAGGGGGAUCUUCUCACGGUGUUCUCGCAGUACGGGGUCCCAAGCAAUAUCAAGUUGGUGAGAGACCCUGAGUCCGGCAAAAGCAUGGGAUUUGGGUAUUUAAAGUACGAAGACUACAGGUCGUGUGUGCUAGCCGUGGAUAACUUGAACGGGAUCGACAUUUCUGGAAGGAAAAUCCUCGUGGACCACGGCUACUACAAACUACGCGAGGGAGAACGCGAGAGUGAUUUUGCCGUGGAGUACAGCGAGGAGGAGAAAGGGGAGGGCAGUAGAAAGAGGAUUAGAAGCAAUCGCCAUAACGAUCGGAGCAACCACAGAGAAAAGCACAGGGAUCGAGAUGGUCAUCGAGAGUAUAGAGAUCGGGACGGCCAUAAGGGGAGUCGCAGCGACGACAAGGAAAGAGGCCAUGAGUCAUCUCGAAGAUCUAGAGAUCGUGAUCAUCGUUCUCCGGAUGGAAAAGAUGAGGAGGACCCGGCAGACGAAGAUCCAAUGAAGGCGUACCUCACUAAGGGUCUGAGAUCUCACUCUCACCGCAGCUCAGAUCGGCACAAAAGUCGAGACAGCGUAAAAGAGAAUAACAGAGAGGGAGAAGCUGAGCAAAAGAGACUGAACCAGUGA